AUGUUUCUCUGGGGUCUUCUCCUUGUUCUCACCAGCAUUACGGUGGCGACACUGAUUAACACAGAGCAACGUGGAUAUACUCAAGGAAAUGAAUUGCGGGACGAUCCCUGCAGGGACGUGACUUUCAUUUUUGCACGUGGCACGUUCCAACCCGGUCUCCUAGGUCUCUUUGUCGGCCCUGAAACGUGCGCUGCCCUGAAGAUAGACCACCCCGAUCAAGUCUCAUGCCAGGGUGUUGGUCCAGCCUAUACUGCGGGUUUGCAAAACCUCAAGGAGCCUGAGGCAACGACGGAUGUAGCAAUCAAUGAAGCAGUGAGCUUGUUUGAGCUGGCUGCGCUGAAAUGCCCUAAAGCGAAGAUUUUUGCUGGUGGUUAUAGCCAAGGCGCUAAUGUGAUACAUGGCGCAAUUCCCAAGCUUUCGAAAGAGGUCAAGGAUAUGGUUCAGGGUGUGGUUCUCUUCGGAUUUACCCGCCAGAAACAAUUCAAUGGACAGAUAACCGGGUUCCCACAGGAUAGGCUCAAGCUAUAUUGCUAUGAGGGCGAUACGAUCUGUCACGGCGGUGGUCUGAUUGGAUUGGAGCAUCUUAGCUAUGGGGAGAAGGCUCAGAAUGCCAGCGACUGGCUUUGGUCUUUGGUCUAG